AUGGACUAUGAGGGACUUUGCGAUGUGGGAUAUGACGAAUGUUGCAAGGCAAAGGCCAAGAAUCACGAGCGUACCGAGUACUCGAUCCCAUUGAAACGAGAUGAGCAGGGCGAUGAUGGGGCAAUUCUUCAAUUUAAGGUCGUUUCAACGAUCGACGAGAAGAUUGGCCUGGAUGAAAAUGAAGCAACUAGAGCUAGAGCAUGGGAGAAGGAAAAAGGAGAUGCACAAUGGAGCGAUGGCUCGUGCACUGAAAAUCCUGCUGGCGUCACUUGA